CCUGCAGCCGUGGAUGCCUUUGACAUUAUGACUGCAGAGGAUUCCACCGCAGCCAUGAGCAGCGACUCGGCCGCCACGUCCUCCGCCAAGGUGCCGGAGGGCGUGGCCGGCGCGCCCAACGAGGCGGCGCUGCUGGCGCUGAUGGAGCGCACGGGCUACAGCAUGGUGCAGGAGAACGGGCAGCGCAAGUACGGCGGGCCGCCGCCCGGCUGGGAGGGCCCGCACCCGCAGCGCGGCUGCGAGGUCUUCGUGGGCAAGAUCCCGCGCGAUGUGUACGAGGACGAGCUGGUGCCUGUGUUCGAGGCGGUGGGCCGCAUCUACGAGCUGCGCCUCAUGAUGGACUUCGACGGCAAGAACCGCGGCUACGCCUUCGUCAUGUACUGCCACAAGAGCGAGGCCAAGCGCGCCGUGCGCGAGCUCAACAACUACGAGAUCCGCCCGGGCCGCCUGCUCGGCGUGUGCUGCAGCGUGGACAACUGCCGCCUCUUUAUCGGCGGCAUCCCCAAGAUGAAGAAGCGCGAGGAGAUCCUGGAGGAGAUCGCCAAGGUCACCGAGGGCGUGCUGGACGUGAUCGUCUACGCCAGCGCGGCGGACAAGAUGAAGAACCGCGGCUUUGCCUUCGUCGAGUACGAGAGCCACCGCGCUGCCGCCAUGGCGCGCCGCAAGCUCAUGCCCGGCCGCAUCCAGCUCUGGGGCCACCAGAUCGCCGUGGACUGGGCUGAGCCCGAGAUCGACGUGGACGAGGACGUGAUGGAGACCGUCAAGAUCCUCUACGUGCGCAACCUCAUGAUCGAGACCACGGAGGACACCAUCAAGAAGAGCUUCGGCCAGUUCAACCCGGGCUGCGUGGAGCGCGUCAAGAAGAUCCGCGACUACGCCUUCGUGCACUUCGUCAGCCGCGAGGACGCCGUGCACGCCAUGAACAACCUCAACGGCACCGAGCUGGAGGGCUCGUGCCUCGAGGUGACGCUGGCCAAGCCUGUGGACAAGGAGCAGUACUCCCGCUACCAGAAGGCGGCCAAGGGCGGCGGCGUGGCAGAGGCGGCAGCGCAGCAGCCCAGCUACGUGUACUCGUGCGACCCCUAUACGCUGGCUUACUACGGCUACCCCUACAACGCGCUCAUCGGGCCCAACAGAGACUACUUUGUGAAAGCAGGCAGCAUAAGAGGCCGGGGUCGAGGUGCAGCUGGCAACAGAGCCCCAGGGCCCAGGGGUUCCUACCUCGGGGGAUAUUCGGCUGGCCGUGGUAUAUAUAGCCGGUAUCAUGAAGGGAAAGGAAAGCAACAAGAAAAAGGAUUUGAGCUUGUGCCGAAUUUGGAAAUCUCUGCUGUCAAUCCCGUUGCCAUUAAACCUGGUACAGUAGCCAUCCCUGCCAUCGGGGCCCAGUACUCCAUGUUUCAGGCAGCGCCAGCCCCUAAAAUGAUCGAGGACGGGAAAAUCCACACAAUGGAGCACAUGAUCAGCCCCAUCGCCGUGCAGCCAGACCCAGCCAGCGCCGCUGCGGCCGCCGCUGCCGCCGCUGCCGCCGCCGCUGUCAUUCCCACCGUGUCCACGCCGCCACCCUUCCAGGGCCGCCCGAUUACCCCCGUGUACACGGUGGCUCCGAACGUUCAGAGAAUUCCCACUGCUGGAAUCUACGGGGCCAGUUACGUCCCGUUCGCUGCUCCGGCCACUGCCACGAUCGCCACACUACAGAAGAAUGCGGCCGCUGCCGUGUACGGAGGCUACGCGGGCUACAUACCUCAGGCCUUCCCCGCCGCUGCUAUCCCAGUGCCCAUCCACGACGUCUACCAGACAUACUGACACUGGCGAGGAGAGUGCAGGCAGACCACAGACUACCCCUGAAGGAACACUUUACUAUUUAUGAAGAAAGAACGUGCGGCAUUACCGCACUCAUGAAACCUGAAAGUGAAGAAUGUUAUCCAGUAUCAUCCUGAAAGAUUUUAUAUUCAUGAAGUUUCCACUAGUUGUUGUUGUUGUUGUUGUUUUUUAAAGACUGUUUUCCACUUAGCAGACCCUGUUCAUACAUUUCUAAGAGACUCGUGACGGUUCGUGCCUUAAUACCAUCUCUCAGAAAUUUGUACGCCGUUAGUAUAUUUGUAUAGAGGUUUUUGUUUUUGUAUUUUUAAGGUUAUAUUUUCAGUAUGAAGGUUAUUUUCUUAACUUCUGCACUCCAGAGAUUUCUAUUUUGUAGUACCUUCAAUAAUAUAUCAACUAUAUAUGGAAAAGCACACUUGAGCAGCUAGGGAACUAUUUUGAAAAAUAUAUUCAAUAUUUAAAGAUACAAACAAUAGUGCUUUAAAAUACUACAUAAAAUGUUAUUUUAAAAGUUAUACUGGAAAGUGCAAUUUUAAAGUGAGUAGAAUCUCUGUUUCAGCUGGCAUUAAGGGGUGACGGUGUUACCAUGUGUUAUCUAUGACGGUUCUGUUUUUUUUGUUUUGGUUUUUUUUUUUAAAGAAACACUCGAUCUCUCCUUAAGCCCAUGUUGAAAAGACUUGUCACACUUCUGAGUCCAAACACUGGAAAGCUCUCACCUGCCACAUUACCCUGUUUCCCGUUUCUUCUCCAUGUGUCUUGCCCUCCCUACCCCCCUACUCAUUCCUUCCUUCCUAUCCCCACCCCCACCUCUGAGUCUGGCAAGUCUAGGGCAAAUGAAUUACUCUGAUAGAGAAA